AGAGAGCACUAGCUGCAGCAACUUCCUCAAGAGUCAGAGAGAGAGAGAGAGAGAGAGAGAGAGAGAGAGAGAGAUGGGUGGUACUGAGUCUGAAAUUCCGUUUAUUGAUUUAUCAAUGAAGGGUUUAGGGGCAGAUGAGGAAGGGGAAGAGUGGAAGGCGGUGUGCAGGAGAGUGAGGGAGGCGUCCGAGACGCAGGGAUGCUUUCUGGUGGGAUACGACAGGGAGAAGAUAGGAGAUGGGCUGAGGGAAGAGAUGGUGGUGGGGAUUACGGCUCUGUUCGAUCUGCCGGAGGAAACGAAGAAGAAGCACCACAGCCGGCGAGCUUACUCCUCCUACCUGGGUCACUCCCCCGUCGUCCCCCUUCACCAGAGCUUCGGCAUAGAAAAUGCCAUCGACCCCCAUGUCGCCCAAGCCUUCACCUCCCUCAUGUGGCCUCCCCAUGGAAACCCCUCCUUCUGGCUUGGAGUAAUGGGAGACUUCAUCCAGCAAAGCACAGAGUUGUGAUGAGUGGAGAAAAAGAAAGGUACUCCUAUGGUAUUUUCUUAAUGCCAAAAGAAGGAGUGCAUAUUGAGGCUCCACAAGAACUCAUUGACAAAGAGCAUCCUCCCCUCUAUCGACGCUUUACUUACGCAGAUUUCAUGUCCUAUUAUGUUUCUAAUAUUAGUGAAAAUGCCCUUGAGAUUUAUGCUGGUUUUUAACUUAGAAUAUAACUUUGAAAAAGUCGUGAUGUAAUAAGAUUUUGAUUAACUUGUUUUGCACUAUUGGCCUAUUUGUUAUGAUGUAAGCAUUGGGGGCUAGAGUCGUCAAAUCGUGGCUUAAAUAAAUUAACAUCAAAUUUCAAA